AUGCGCUGCUCGGUUAGCCUGGGGAGGAAGAUAAAGACAUUUGCAACCAAGAUGGUAAUCACGAGUGGAAAUGAUGAAGACAGAGGAGGCCAAGAAAAAGAGAGCAAAGAAGAGAGUGUCUUGGCGAUGCUGGGGAUUAUCGGGACCAUUCUGAACCUAGCCGUCAUCAUAUUUGUAUACAUAUACACCACUCUGUGA